CAUCUGACACCGCAAGGGGCUUAAAAUCUCUGGAGUCAGUCGUCCUCCUUCCUCCAUCAUGCAUUCAACAAGAAUCACAGCUCGACAGUGACAAGUGUUUCCAAAGUGGCGAGUGUGUCCGUUUAGACGAGCAGUUUGUGCGCAAACAGGGAAGUCGAGGAGAAACUGAACGUAUUUUACUGCGCUUAUUUCUCCGCUGGGAGCCAAACGCAGGCGGGGCUGAGCGUUUUUGGAGGAUUCUUUUUAUGUAAAAGGAAAUAUUUUGAUCCAAACCCUUUCACCGACAUGGAGUACACGUCUUCCCCGAAACCGCAGCUCUCGUCCAGAGCAAAUGCCUUCUCCAUAGCCGCGCUGAUGUCCAGUGGGAAGCCCAGUAAGGACAAAGAGACGGAGGAGAACACCAUCAAGCCUCUCGAGCAAUUCGUGGAGAAGUCCUCCUGCACCCAGCAGUCUCUGGCAGACAUGUCCUCUCUGGACGGGCACGGGGACUUCGGCGGGAGCGCGCCCGCGGUGUGCACGGAGCCGCUCAUCCCCACCAAUCCCGGCAUACCUAGCGAGGAGAUGGCGAAGAUCUCGUGCAGCCUGGAGACCAAGGAGCUGUGGGACAAAUUUCACGAGCUGGGCACCGAGAUGAUCAUCACCAAGUCCGGAAGGAGGAUGUUCCCCACCAUCCGGGUCUCUUUCUCGGGGGUGGACCAGGACUCUAAGUACAUCGUGCUAAUGGACAUCGUCCCGGUGGACAACAAACGGUACCGGUACGCCUACCACCGCUCCUCCUGGCUGGUGGCCGGCAAGGCCGACCCUCCUCUGCCUGCCAGGCUGUACGUCCACCCAGACUCUCCGUUCACAGGAGAGCAGCUGAUGAAGCAAAUGGUUUCUUUUGAGAAAGUCAAACUGACAAACAACGAACUGGACCAACACGGACAUAUCAUCCUUAACUCCAUGCACAAGUACCAGCCCCGGGUCCACAUAAUCAAGAAGAAAGACCACACCGCCUCGCUGCUCAACCUCAAGUCUGAGGAGUUUCGCACAUUCGUCUUUGUGGAGACCGUCUUCACGGCUGUCACGGCCUAUCAGAACCAGCUGAUAACCAAACUGAAGAUUGACAGCAACCCGUUUGCCAAAGGCUUCCGGGAUUCGUCACGGCUGACAGACAUGGAGAGGUACAGGGGAUUCUGGGUCCUGCACUGUGGGGUUACCUUUGUACUGCUGCCUUCAAUAAGAGAGGAAGGACUGUGUGUGUGCGCGCAGUUCAUUAGUAAAUACUGUGUUUAUUUAUUUCUGUUUGUGUCGUCGCCAAUCCGAACCUAUGCUGGAGACGAAGAGAACCUGGGCGAGGACGGACACUCGGCGCACACCAGAGGCUCGGCAAUCACCGCCUCCGUCUCCCUGAGCUCCUGGGUCACCACCACCUCGGGUUUUUCAAGCUUCCAGCACCCACAGUCCUUGUCGGCCAUGGGCACCGGUGCCGCCUCCCUGCCCCAUCCCAUCCAAGGCUCCCUGCCCCCUUACAGCCGGCUGGGCAUGCCCCUGACACCCACCGCUCUGGCUGGAACCAUGCAGGGAAGUGGGCCAUCAUUUCCGUCCUUCCACAUGCCACGCUACCACCACUACUUCCAGCAGGGGCCCUACGCCGCCAUUCAGGGACUCCGCCACUCCUCCACAGUCAUGACGCCCUUUGUAUGACUCAACCAAACCUUGCUCUGAUGCUUAUCCCCAGUUCAGUGCAACAAGUUAUUUCUCUGCACCAGCUCAUCACCCCUCAUCCAGUUUGUAUUUUUUCCCUCUGGUCUUUGUAAAUAGUUCUCCUGCAGUGAGUGAGGCGAUGGUAACGACACAAAGAGGAUGUGGCUUACUGAAAGCUGAUUUAGAAAAAAAAGACCGACCGAAAGACCCCAGGACAAACUCUUUAGUGAUACUGUACAAACACUUAUGACCUCAGUACAAACUACAAAACCUAAUACAAGACGAUAAAAGGAGCAGGUUUGAUCUCACCCCUUGAAGAACAGCAAGUGGAUCCUCAAAACAUUUUUAACAUUUAGACUCUGCAUCCCUUUAAAGACCACCACUGGCUACUGGGUCUCUAAGGCUUUACAGAUGGCAGGUUGGUUUAUGAGCCAUCGACAAUGCAACCUAAGAUGAUGCUUUUUGGGAGUGACUUAUCUGAUGCUAGUGAACACUUCAGCAUGUCAGAGAGGCAAGAACGGUCAUCUCAGCCUCUCCUGUUUUCUAGAAGGUCAGCCAUAUGUACAGUUCAAACUUCAUGCUCGAUGAAAAUAAUGUUAGACAUACAGUAUGUUAAAAUGUAUUGUACAAAGAUAAAAUUGCUACAUUUACUCAUAGGAAAAUUGUCACUGUAGAGUGCAAAAAAUUCAUAGAACGCAUGCUGUCCGCAGUAGACACACGCACCGGGUAAACAAUAUGUGAUGAAUAAGCUCAUCUAUGACAAGGGUGAAGGAUUUUUGCCUACUUUAAAGGCCUGGUCACACAAGCAUUUAAAACAUCAACAUGUCUCAGCGCAAUCAGUUAAUUUUAAAAGAAGCUGUGAAUUUGCUGGAAGGGGAGGUGUGAACACCAUGGAUGUAUGGAGAGAGAUGGAUACAGUAGACCACUCAGCCUCAUUACGAAAUUGUUCAAGUGGUCACUCACAAUACUGCAAUGAAAACAAUCCCCUGCAGCCCAGUAAAAGCAAUGUUAAUUAUUGUUUUUUAUAAGAAUUUUUAAUCCCUGCAGGUUUUAUAUUAAUAACUUAGCCAUCAUCUAGGGUGUGUGAGACAUCAUCUCAAUAUAAAGUCUAUGGGCUGAGCUGGAUUAAAUGAAACCAAAACUAAAAAUUCCACAUUAAUUAAGGGCAUGGCUGCUUUGAGUGACAGGUGGGAGGGCUAGCUGCUACCUGUCUAGCCAGCGCCAUUGACUCUUCAGGCGGAGUGAAGCAUGGCAAUGGCAACAGUGGCAGUAUGGCAACAGCCAGACUUGAGCUUUAAAAUUGCUCUUCAGAAAACUAAUGGGUGACAUCACGGUGGGUUUGUCCAUCUUUAAUAUACAGUCAAUGAGUAGACUUCACGAGGCCAAAGUAAACCCCAGAAGCUAGAAAACCUGUUUUGGCUUAAGCCCUCAGAGAGCAAUUUCCGUUCAAGUGAGUGGGCACCAUCUUUGCAGUCCGGUAGCCAGUCCAGUUCUUGUGUAAAUAAAUAUGGUAAAUACUCAAACUUUUCAUAUGUGGUUCAAAAUUUUGGAAUGUUGACAUGCAGAUUCCAGCUGCUGACCAUUUGCAAACUGCAGGGGUGCCGCUAACAGUUUUGGGCCCUAUGAAAAAAUUUGAAGUUGGGCCCUCUACCCACAGACUGUGGGCCCCCAAAGUUCGUGGGCCCUUAGAAUCGUCCUAACCCCCCCCAACGGCGCCCGUGGCAAACUGUGUGUAUCGCCCUGACAUCAUGGAUGUAUUAAUGGAGAAUUAGAUACAGCACUGCUAGACGGCACCUAACUGUUUCUGUUAAAGUUGCUCAGUGGUGCAUGAUCCAAAAAAAAAUCUUGAUGCUUCCAGAUUCCAGCCAUAAAAAUUACCUGGAUGUUUAUCACGCUUCCGCAUUUUUGUGUCCAUAGAGCAUGCGCACUUGUGUCAAGCCAAGUCUCCCACUAGAUGAGCCUGGUGAUGUUUGGUGGGCUCCACGCAGGUGUGAAUAGGAUAAAAUAAAAAUAUCUUAAGGAUAAACUAGACUUUCCAAAUGGUAAUAGACCCAGUGAAUAAAAUUCUGAUAAUAAAAAGACAUUUCGCAGGGUUUGUGCCACACAGAAAAAUUGUUUGCCAUUUUACAGCCACUCCUUUUCCAGUGAUUCUCUAUGAGAAAAAUGUUUUUUGGGCCAGUGUGCAUCACGUGAUGAAAGUGAAAGUAGUAAUGCAGUUUGGCUGCUAUGCCAGAUUUUCUUCACUGCCCAGCACUGCUGCUGAGGGCUUACCUAACAUUUGAGGGAAUAAAGAGCUGAAGAGUCCAACUUGGCUUUAGACAGGAGUUAAUGGUACAAAUACAUCUUAUGAAUAAACUGCAUGAACCUAACGUUCUUUUCACAAAUUUGCUAAUGAGCAAAGCUUCGAGUGUGGCCAGUCAGGUAUAACAGCUUUUGAGUUUCAUUGUGCAAACACAUGGAUGAAUUGCUGCUGUGUCACUUUCUCAUGUGACCAGGUCUCAACUAAAUAAGACUCACCCACAAUAUGUUAAGUUCACAAACAUCUGUUUUAAAAUAGUCAUUAUAUAAUUUACUUUGAGUUAAACUGGCCACAAACUUUGCCCAAAUAAAUCAAUUUGUUUUGAGAGAAACAAGUCAAGCUCGAUCUCAUUGAUCACAUAUCCUGUAUGUUGGAACACAGAAACAUUUGACGAGUAACUGCAGCAUGGUUUUAUAUUUUUUCAUUGUAAACAUAACAGUUAGGUAAGAACAUCAGGCAUCACCAUGGUUUUAGCUGCCAAACACAGGCUUUUAGCAGCUGAUUACAGCGUCAGACUGUGCCGACAGAGUGUCCACACCUGGAAAUAAUUGUUCUCUGCUGUCUCAUUUAAAACAUGCAGGGAGGAAGAAGCUGGAAGCUGCUGGGGUCGAUUCACACAUUCAGUAAUGGAGCAGCUGCAUAACAAUGGCAGCUCACUGGUGGAGUAGUCAAAGGAGUGUAUCUGAAGAUGUAUAAAGAAUUAAAAAUCCAGCUGGGAUGGUCCUACCAGCAGUGACAGUUAAUGCUGUCAUUCUGGAACACAUUUUAUUAUGAAGCUGGAUUUUCCAACUCAGCUCCACAAUUACUAGAUUGUUAAUUCGCUGUGGAUCAACUAAUCAUUUCAGCUCAAAAUUUCACAAAACAGAUGAGUUAACAUAUUGGCUAAUAUACUUUUAUCUGGUUUUUAAACUUUUAAAUAUCAGUAUCAGCUUUCAAACGCCAGUAUUAUUUGGGCUGUACUAAAAACAUGUCACAGGAAAAUAGUUUCACUGAGAAAUAUGAGUUUUAAGAAGGCACAGUGAUGAAAAUUACUGGUUAAGCUGGAAUUUUUUUUGUAGUGAGUCUGCCAUGUUUAUGCACAAGAUCCAAACCACACAGUUAAAUGUUUCACCUUCGUCUUUGUGUGUGUAACGGAUGGCGAUGUUUUCAACGCUGUUCUGUGGAGGCACGAUGAUGGAUGCAAAGAAAAAGAUUCUGAAUUUAAACAAAUGUAUAAAAGUGUCAUAAAUGUUCUGAUAAGUUAAUUUGAUCUCAUCUGUUUCCCAAAGAAAGACAACCCCCCCUUUUGUUUUUGCUUUAGAAAUCAGUUCAUCCUUUUCUGAUGUAUAGCAUGAACUGAAUGUUGAGUCCCAUCAUUUCCCUCUUGAACCACAUGCACACUGCCAAUGCACAAAUGAAAAUAAGCUUCACGUU